AUGGAAAAGAUGAUCAAGCAUCAAGAAUUGGCCCAUAAGAACCAUGAAGCUUUACUACGGAAUCUAGAGAGGCAAAUUGGCCAAUUGUCCAAGCAAAUAGUAGCUAAAAGAGCACCCAAUGCAUUACCAAAUGACACCAUUCCCAAUCCCAAAGAAGGAUGCAAAGCAAUCCAAUUAAGGAGUGGAAGAACCUUGGUAAAUGACAAGGAAACUAACAAGAGGCCAGCUGAGAAUGAUGAGGCUAGCAGCAAGGAAGAAGUGACACUUAAGGAGAAGGACCAAGAAAAGCUCAGGGAGAAAGAAGAACAGCCACAAGCUUUAAAGAAGGGAAAGCAAGUCAUGGAGGAGCAAUCACAAGAACAGAGGAAGAUAGUGAAGACUUACACCCCUCCUUUGCUAUACACUCAAAGAUUACAUAAAGAGCUCAAGGACCAACAAUUUCCCAAGUUCUUAGAGGUUUUCAAGAAGCUGGAAAUUAAUAUUCCUCUUGCUGAAGCGUUGGAGCAGAUGCCUCUGUAUGCAAAAUUCCUAAAUGAGCUUAUCAACAAGAAGAGGAGCUGGAAUAAAAAAGAGACGGUAAUCUUGACCCAAGAAUGCAGUGCUGUCAUCCAAAGAGGUCUUCCACCAAAGCUCAAAGAUCCAGGAAGCUUCAUCCUAUCUUGCACUAUAGGCAACAAAACAUUGGACAAAGCCCUCUGUGAUCUAGGAGCCAGCAUCAACUUGGUGCCUCUCUCAUUAAUGAAGCAGUUUGCAAUAGAGGAACUCAGGCCAACUAGAAUGUCACUUCAAAUGGCUGACAGAUCGCUCAAAAUACCUAAUGGAGUUGUGGAGAAUUUGUUGGUGAAAGUAGAAAAAUUCAUAUUUUCUGCUGACUUCGUCAUUUUAGACAUGGAGGAAGAAAGACACAACUCAAUCAUCUUGGGGAGGCCCUUUCUAGCCAUAGCAAGGGCUAUAAUUGAUGUAGAGAAAGGUGAAAUGACACUCAGAGUGCAUGAUAAAAAGAUGAUCAUCAAUGUCUUUAAAUCCAUGCAAUACCCCCCUGAGAAAGAAAAGCAUAUGAGAGUGGAAAUGGUGGAAGAAGUAGAGAGGGGGUUACUUGAGAACAACAACCAAGAGGAACAAGAAGUGGAAACAGAAGUGGAACAAGAUUUCAUAGAAGAGGAAGUAGUAAAAAUCUCCUCUGAAGUCAAGACAGAGGAGAAGCCAAAACAAGAGUUAAAGCCUCUUCCCCCUCAUCUCAAGUAUGUAUUUCUUGGAGAAGCAGAGGCCCUGCCAGCACCUUGGUUUGAUGACAUUGCAAACUACAAGGUUGGAAGGAAGAUUUCCCAAGAAUUCACCAAGCAACAAGUGAAGAAACUGCUCAAUGAGGCCAAGAAAUUCUUAUGGGAUGAACCAUUCUUAUUCAGGAGGUGUCCAGAUAGAAUGAUUAGGAAAUGUGUUCCUGAGAGUGAGAUGAGAGACAUACUAUAG